AUGGGAGGGUCUAGAUUCACGUAUUUCUUCUGAAAUAUUGCAGUUAUUAGCUCUUAUCCGAUCAGUAGAAUAUUUAUAAAGAACGAAGCUAGAACUAUCUUGGAUGAUGCCUUUACCGGUUUUAACAGAGAAGCCCAAGUUUUGCUAUUGUUAUGAGUUAUAUUGUUUACUAGACUCAAGAGGACAUCUACUUGGGAUGAGUACUUCAGCAUGUCUUUUACUUUCAUUCACUUUGCAAUUAUCUUUCUGUUCUUUCUGAUUGAUUUCAGAUAUGCUGCAUACUAUGCUCUGAUUUCAUACAUAAUGUGGCUGUCAUUGACAUAUCCAAGAUAUUCAGGCAAAAGCAACAUCAUAAAGUUGAAAAAUGAAGAAGAAUUUAUAGAUUUUAUAGCACCAAUAUCCCCCACAAAGUCUGGAAAGUCUAAAAAGAACUACUCAGAAAUGAACUCUUCUUUCAUUAUCUUCGGAGCAAAUUGGUGUGACAACUGAACAUUUACUUAUCCUUUAUGGGCAGAAUUUUCUAACAAAUACGCCACAAAGCAAAUGAAAUUUGGAGAAAUUGAUGUACAGAAAAAUGAAAAAUUAGCCAAAGAUCAUAAAGUUAAUUUGUCUGGUUUAGCAGGGCAGCUUCCAACAUUAAUUCUUUAUCAAGAUGGAGAGGAAUGAUUAAGGUUUCCUCCAUUAAUAGUCUCAACCGGAACUUAUGCAAAAGUUAAUCAGUACAAAAAGAAGGAGCUGAUUAAAUACUUUGAUUUAGACAAGCGCUUUGCUGCUACUAAUGGAAUAUAA